AAGCAGUUUACAUGGAAGCCUAACUCGUCGCGUUUGGACCACUUCCAUGAGCUCUUCAUAUGUUGCCCUUAAAUCCCCUCUAAAUCUAUCCUUCUCUAACUCACCUCCCGCAUCUCCCGCAUCUCCCCGGAGGCAGUCAAGGGACUCUGAAGACUCCCUUCGCGCUCUAGAAAUUUCAGAUGGUGUUCCUCUCGCAGAGCCGUCUCAUCACAGUCGCAACCGAUCUUUUUCAAUGCGGAGUUUUGAUUUUGAUCUUCUCCCGCUCAGUACAAGUUUAACUGACCCGGACAUGGUGCAUGGAGAACAUGGAGAAAAGAAUAUUAGCCUUUUGAAUGGCAUAGCAUUGGUGGUCGGGAUGCAAAUUGGUUCCGGGAUUUUCUCUUCGCCAGGAGUCGUAGUUGCCAACACGCGAACUGUUGGUGCAAGUCUAUGUGUGUGGAUAGCUUCUGGAUUACUCGGCCGGACCGGUGCCAGUAGUUUUGCUGAACUUGGAUCGGCAAUACCUCAAAAUGGCGGAGCUCAAGCAUACUUAGCUUAUGCAUAUGGUCCUCUUCUCGCCUAUUUAUUUGCAUGGACAGCAAUCAUCGCGUUAAGACCUGGUGGAAACGCAGUGAUCAGCUUAAUUUUUGCUGAAUACCUCAACCGUAUCUUUUGGCACAGUACCCGUGACAAUAUUUCCCCGGAUGAUAUUCCUGCCUGGGCAAUCAAGCUCACAGCCUGUAUUGCGGUUUUGCUAGUUACAGCACUCUGUGUUUGGGACCGGAAACUGGGUGCUCGUGCAGCUGUCGUGUUUACUAGCGUCAAGAUUAUGUGUCUGGUGUUCAUCAUCGUCCUUGGAAUAGUCCAACUUGCUCGAGGGAAAGCUUCACCGUCGCUAGGAGAACCGUGGUUCAAGGGCUCCAGCACGAGUCCUUCAGAAUAUUCGUUAGCCUUUUACUCUGGCCUUUGGGCCUUUGACGGCUGGGAUCAAGCCAAUUACGUCGCUGGAGAAAUGCAUCAACCAGGAAAGAAUAUACCUCGGGCGAUACAUUCGAGUAUGGUCAUCGUGAUUGUUUUGUUUCUCCUCGCCAAUGUGUCAUAUUUUGCCGUGCUGGAUAAAAAUCUUGUAGGUCUUAGUAACACUGUGGCUAUGGACUUUGGUCGAGCGAUCUUUGGCCCAUGGGGUGGAACAGUAUUUGCCUUUAUGGUAGCCUUCUCUUGCUUUGGUGCCCUCAACGGCGGUUUCUUUACUGCUUCUCGCCUGAUAUAUGCCGCCGGUCGCGAAAACUACCUACCUGCACUGUUCGGUCGCCUUCACAAGACUCGAAAAACACCACUAAAUGCCACGCUGUUACAAACUGUGCUCACACUCGUGUUCGUUCUUGUAGGCGGAGGAUUCCGGUCACUGGUCAACUUCUCCGUGGUUGCAUCGUGGUCUUUCUAUUUUUUGACUGUUCUCGGGCUUGUCAUUCUUCGCAUCAAGGAGCCGAUGCUGGAGCGCCCGUACAAGACUUGGAUUAUUACCCCUCUCAUAUUCUGUGGAGUGGCACUAUUCCUGCUGGUCAUGCCUAUUAUCGCAGCACCGCUGGAGGCUGUUGCAGUUUUGGUGUUUAUAUUAGCUGGUGUCCCCGUUUACUAUAUUACACAUAGAAACGACCAGGAUGUUCCACGAAUACUGGGUUGGGUUAAACCUUUGAUUGCUAGAAUACAGGGAAAACCUGCGCAUGGGGAUGGUUGGGUAGCAGUGUCUACCGAUGGUGAUGAAAAUGUAGAGAUGAUGGAAGGGAGGCGGUGACACGGCGAUGCGUCACGCAUGAAAGUGCUUGACAAUGACUGUAUGAUAGAUGAUAGAAUAUUAUUGACUACCACUUAAUGAGGAUAUAAAUGGAGAGACAUUCGAGAGGUUUUUGAGCAUAGCUCUGAGUAAGCGCUCAGUCGGACAUGAGUCAGAGCAAUUCCAAUC